AUGAAAUAUCUGGAGAAAGAUUCGCAAGAGAGCAGACCUCAUUACAAUGAUAGGGAUUAUGGCUCAGAGAGAAAAGACUACCGAAGUAGUUACAAAAAAGUAUUGUGGCCACUGAAUCUUAGGAUUCACGAUGUUGAAGAUAAAAAUUUAAAGAAAGAGUUGUGCCUAACUGUUAGUAACAUACCAGUUGACUGGACAAAGCUUGAUAUUACCUGGUUUUUUAGGGAAUAUUUUUACAAGCUAGCCAUUGACAGGAGCAUCGAGUUCCCGCUAAUCGAAGAGGUGUAUAUGAUAAAAAAUGAGCCGUCUGCUAUUUUGGCGUGUCACGAUUCCGUGUCGAGGGAGACAAUUCAGAACCUGUCCAACUGCACGGUUAGGAGUGUUAAGGAUAAAAAAAAAAUUAUGCUGAACAUACAGCCGUAUUACAAGGAGGAGGAGGUGGCGGAAAAGGAGAAAGGGAAAAACAGGGAUGGAAAAAAGGAGAACGGCGAAGAGGGAGACAGAGAGAGUAAUGGAGAGGGAAAGGAAGACAAGAAUGGCGACACCGAGGAAGAGGAAGAAGCAAAUGGAAAGCACUCCCAGGAAGAGAAAGAGGACACUGAGGGAGGGAGAAGCAAAGGUGAAAAGGAAAUACCGGGCGACGAUGAAAAUAAAAAAAUAAAAAGGAUGAGAAAGCGCUCCGCGACCCCGCCAACAAAACAUGGAAUGGAAUGGCCAAAGGACCUAGAACUAAGGAACUGCAACGAUAUAGACCUGCGGAGAAAAUUGUGCGUCUUCGGAAGAUAUAAGCCACUGCAUUGGGGUGUGAAAGAAUUGACUUCAUUUCUAAAGUACUAUUUUGAUACCUUAAAAAGAGAUCACGAAAAUUUUGAAAUUCCAGAAAUAAGUUAUAUGUGGGCAGAUAAAGGAACCCACUUAGUGACUUUUGCAUGCAGGAAUGAAAAGUCGAGGUACAACAUGCUGUUAGUAAGGGCAUGCUACCUAAAUGAGGAUGAUGCGAAACAUAAUAUAAAAAAUGCAUUAAGAGUAUGGAUACAGUUUGAAAAAUGGACCCCAUAUAAAAACCCCAUAAAUUCAAAAUAUAAAAAUUAUAACAUGCCAAGAGGUGAUUUUAACAAAUAUUCCUAUCCACAUGAACACACCAUGGAUAGAGGUAGUUAUACACGGAGCUACAGACAUCCUCCGUAUGAUGAUUACCCAAAACAUAGAGCUGGUUCUUACAGAUAUAGUGGAAAUGGACAUAGCAGAAUGACCCCCCCUUCAAAUUAUUACCAUCAUAAUUCUGAUGAUAGAGGUCGAAGAAAUUAUGACCAUGUGAAACAUCCCUACCAAAAUAGAUCCCCUUCUCCUCAUGCACAAUCACAUCACAACAAAUAUAAGAAAAAAUACUCGCGUUCUCCUACCCCUAAAGAUUAUCAUAAAAAGAAAAUUAAAAGAUCCAGGUCCCAUGACACAUACAAGGAGGAAAGCAACACCCACUCUCGUAAACAUAAGAGCAACGCAUACCAUUAG